AUGGACGAACAACUGGACUUCAUCACGGUGAACACCACCCUCCCAACCCUUCCCCUUCCCCCCCUCGCCACACGCCAACCCGUCCUCACCAAGCGUCUCAUCCUCAAACCCGUCAGCCAAGACGACCUGCACGCAGUGCACGCCAUGCGCUCGCAGCCAGAGGUGAUGAGGUGGGCAGUCGCCGGCUGCCCCGACGCGGACCUGCAAGAAACACAGGCCUGGCUGGACGACAACCUCCCGCCCAACGACGCCCACAACUACAACUUCACAAUCUGCCUCCGGUCGACGGGCGAGUUCGUCGGUCUCGGCGGCGUCAAACGUAUCAGCCACGGCUCCAUCAGCAGCGGCCCCGGCGGCGAGCUGGGCUGGCCCGAGAUUGGGUACCUCCUCCGUCAAGAGGCCUGGGGCAAAGGGUACGCCACCGAGUUCCUGCGGGGCUUCAUCGGGGCCUGGUGGUCCCUGCCCCGCUCUGCCGCGCGUGCGCUCCGGGUUGAGAAGAGCGUCAUCGGGGAGACCCGGCCGGUUCAGGACACGGAGCAGCCCGGGUCCGAGGAGGUGGCGGCGGCGGCGGGAGAAAUGCUCACCGCCGUGACGGAGCUGGACAACUUUCCCAGUCAGAAAGUCUUGGACAAGACGGGCUUUCGAGAAUUCAAGGUCUGGACGGAAGUCGAUAAAAAGACACGGGAGACGACGACGCUUGUCGGCUAUGGCAUCGCUGCGCCGAAAUAG